UUCACAAUUUCAAAUAUCUUCAAUUUCCCUCCCAUCCCUCUCAAUUCAAUCACACCAAAACCCAAAUCCCCAAAUUCCACUGUACAAUCUCCUCCAAAGCCCACAUUCCAUUUGCUCCAAUGACCGCGCAGCCCCCCAAACCGCCCAAGCAACCUCUCAAAACCCCGAAAAAACAAUGGUCGAUCGUCGAUUUCGACGUGGGCAAACCCCUCGGAAAAGGGAAGUUCGGCCGUGUUUACCUCGCCCGCGAAGUUAAGAGCCAGUAUAUAGUGGCGUUGAAGGUGAUAUUCAAGGAGCAGAUAGAGAAGUACAGAUUGCACCACCAGCUGCGGAGGGAGAUGGAGAUUCAGACGAGCCUUCGCCACCCGAAUGUCCUGAGGCUGUAUGGCUGGUUUCAUGAUGCCGAGCGUAUUUUCCUGAUCUUGGAGUAUGCUCAUGGCGGUGAGCUCUACAGAGAGCUCCGUAAAUCGGGGAACCUCUCGGAAAAACAAGCUGCGACUUACAUCUCAAGUCUCUCGCAAGCUCUGGCAUAUUGUCAUGAGAAGCAUGUGAUUCACAGAGACAUCAAGCCGGAAAAUUUGUUGCUUGAUCAUGAGGGUCGGCUUAAAAUUGCGGAUUUUGGUUGGUCGGUACAAUCCAGAAGCAAAAGACACACUAUGUGUGGGACCUUGGACUAUUUAGCACCAGAAAUGGUGGAGAACAAGGCCCAUGACUAUGCAGUGGAUAAUUGGACUUUGGGUGUUCUCUGCUAUGAGUUUCUAUACGGUGUCCCCCCAUUCGAGGCCGAGAGCCAGAACGACACAUUUAAAAGGAUUAUGAAGGUUGACUUAAGCUUUCCUUUUACUCCUAGCAUUUCUGCUGAAGCUAAAGAUCUCAUUAGCCAGCUUCUUGUGAAGGAUUCUUCCAAAAGGCUCUCGAUCGAGAAGAUCUUGGAACAUCCUUGGAUAAUUAAGAAUGCCAACCCCAUUGGCACAUGUCCGAAAUAAUAUAAUCCCCCCUUCUUCUUCUUCAUUUUUUUUUUUUUCCAGUUUUUUUCUCUUUCCUACUAAAUCUUGAAAACUUUGUAAAACUGACUAUUGUUCUUUCUACUCUCACCUGAUUUACCAUCUGUGUGCAUUUAUGUAAAGAGAUAACAUUCUAAACGUUGCCCCUUGUUAUCUCCUCUUGUGCUCUUAUUAUAUUCUCGUAAAUAAUUUGGUAUUUAUGUGUUCGAGAGAUUUUGGGUUCCGAAUUAUAUACA